AUGUUCUAUCGAUCCAAUAUAGAUGUUGCAUCAAUAUCGGCUUUCAUUAAAUACACCAACUUUACCGUUCAUGACAUUUCUGAGAGGAUUGUUUUGGUACUAUUUGACAAGCAGCAGACCCACAAUGUGAACAUUAGUCAAACGGACAUUGUGCAGAUUUGUGUGCGAGGGCCUAUUGAGAGCAAGACCCCACUGCCUCUGUGCCAGCCUGACUUGGAGUACCAGGAGAAGUCUUUGAUGAUUGCAGAUUUGGAUGGAGAUCAGUCCCAUGAAUUGAUAUCAUAUUACAGUACUUUUGUGGCUCCAGAAUAUACACCAAAGAAUUCUAAUCCAUAUGAUAAUUGGAGCCUAACUUCCUUGAAAUGUAGACUGAUGCAGCAAUGCAGUGUGCUAAUGGAAGCCUUGGGUCUGAGCAAUGGUUAG